AAAAAGAGAAUUUUGUACAUGUAAAUUCAUAGCAGAAAAAGGGUAGCGUGAAAGUCUAUGAUUCCGCAACUACCAUUCAAAUCAAAAUUGUAGAAGAAAGUUGAGAUUUGUUUGGUGAUUUGUUGUCUGCGAUCAAAACCAAGAAGGAAAAAAGCAUAAGGGGGGAAUUAGGGAGAAGUGGGGAAAGCAUGAAGGUAGAACGUAUGUUAUUGAGCGUCGCGAUUGUGGUUUGCUGGCUCUACGAUUCAGGUGUUUGUAGAGAAGAUCCAUCCAUAAGGAUGAAACUCGGUGGAAUCCAUGACUGCAGGGGUUCUCACAACACCGCCGAAAUCCAAGCCCUCGCUCGCUUCGCCGUCCAACAGCACAACAGCCAAAAGAAUGCCCUUCUUGAGUUUGCGAGGGUGGUGAAGGCUAGAGAACAGGUUGUUGCUGGGAAGAUUUACGAUCUUACUCUCGAAGCCAUGGAUGCCGGUCAGAAGAAGCUAUAUGAAGCUAAAGUUUGGGUAAAGCCCUGGAUGAGCUUCAAGCAGUUGCAGGAGUUCAAAUAUGUCCAUGACGUCUCUUCUUUUACCCCUUCGGACCCCGGCCUUAAGCAAGGAUGGCAAGCAGUGCCAAUUCAUGGUACUGAUGUCCAAGAUGCAGCGCAUCAUGUUGUUAUGACUCUCCAGCAGAAGUCAAAUUCUUUGUCAUCGUACAAGCUUUUAGAGAUCCUUUUCGCUAAGGCCAAGGUGAUUGAAGAUUAUGUGAAGUUUGAGUUGCUGCUGAAAGUGAAGAGGGGUAUCAAGGAAGAGAAGUUCAGAGUUGAAGUAAAUAAGAACAUAGAAGGAAAGUUCUAUUUGAGUCAGAUGGAACAGGAUAGCUCCUAAACUGAGUAAUCACUUUUUUAUGUUAAUAAGAUGUAGUGUGGAUCGAUGGUGCUCUCUAAUAGAAAGUAGACUGCUUUUGGCAAGUCAUUAGCCAAUUAUGUGUAUAUUUGUGAAAUAUAACGGUUAGUAACUUUGGUUGAAAUGGAUUUGGGUUGUAGAUCUUCUUCCCUUCCCUGCCCUGGCUGUCUGUUGUGUAUGGUUCUCAUCUUUAAUGGUAGUCGUAGGAAUCCAGUAUUUCCUUGUAUCAAAACAUUGGAUUGAUAAUAGUAAAUGAUAUUAUACUA